CUGAUGACCUGUCUCUUUCGGCUGAUGACCUGUCUCUUUCAGCUGAUGACCUGUCUCUUUCGGCUGAUGACCUGUCUCUUUCGGCUGAUGACCUGUCUCUUUCAGUUGAUGACCAGUCUCUUUCGGCUGAUGACCAGUCUCUUUCGGCUGAUGACCUGUCGCUUUCGGCUGAUGACCUGUCGCUUUCGGCUGAUAACUUGUCUCUUUCGGCUGAUAAAUUGUCUCUUUCAGCUGAUGACCUGUCUCUUUCGGCUGAUGACCUGUCUCUUUCGGCUGAUGACCUGUCUCUUUCGGCUGAUGACCUGUCUCUUUCGGCUGAUGACCUGUCGCUUUCGGCUGAUAACUUGUCUCUUUCGGCUGAUAACUUGUCUCUUUCGGCUGAUAACCUGUCUCUUUCGGCCGAUAACUUGUCUCUUUCGGCUGAUAACUUGUCUCUUUCGGCUGAUAACUUGUCUCUUUCGGCUGAUAACUUGUCUUUUUCGGCUGAUACCUCAGCACCUCAGAGCUGGACUCAGACUCACCGGAGGCGGCAGGGCUGGAGCAAGGUGUGCCAGUACGAGCCGUUUAAGUGGGUCAGGACUUGUCCUUUCUGGGUCAGGACCUGGUCCAGCUUCAUGUGGUGCAGACUGGGACCAUCUGAUCCGUCCUCGUCCCCCCAGCAGAACCUGAAGCUGGACGGAGCGACGUCCUGGACGCCUGCUGGACAGGAGGACACCCUCUCAAAGGUGGCCUGCAGCUGCUCCGAGACGCCUGCAGACAAACAGAUUUAACAACAACACACAUAGACAAACACACACACACACACACACACACACACAC